AUGGAGUUAUCGGAGAGCUCUUUUAUGAGUGGAUCAUCUGGUGAGGAAUAUAUUCCCCCUGCAGCAUCAUCAUCAAGGAGAAGCGCUCCAAAACGAAAACGUGCUUCUACCUCUCAAGGUCGAGGAGGGGGUUGGGGGCAAGGCCCGAGUCAUGCAGGAGUAGCUGCUGUAAACCUGAGUGACGAGGAUUUAGCCCGUGCUCAGGAGCAAAGAACACAGAGGCUAAUCGUCGAACAUGAUGUUGAAUAUAUUCCUCCUGUAGCAACAUCUUCACUAAGCAGUAGCGCCCCGAAAAGAAAACGGGCAUCUACCUCUCAAGGCCGUGGAAGGGGUCGGGGGCAAGGCCCGAGGCAUGCUGGAUACGCUGCUGUAAACCUGUAUGAGGAUGAUUUAGCCCGUGUUCAGGAGCUUAUAACACAGAGGCGAAACUUUGAACGUGCACUCAUACAGAAUCUGUCUCCGGAACAAUGUAGGGACGUGCUGACAAAGGCGCCCGACGACUCUGGAAUGAGUUUCGUGCAAUGGUUGAUGGAUCUGACCCUGGAGAAGACAACCGUCAGUUUCGCCAUGCUGCCUACCGGCAGUAUGUUGCUUGGCAGCAUGGAAGACUAG